AUGGCCACUACCCAACCCACCACCAGCUUGGUCAACAAGCUCCCCGCGCGUCUCCGCAACUUCUUCGCGCGCUAUCCUCCGCAAGUCUAUUCCGCGGCCGUCGCACCUCGUCCAGAAGCCCCCGAAACAGCCACCGUCACCACCAACCCCGAGGAGCUCCCCUCGCCCUACACCCCCAACAGAGACGCCAAGGGCUUCAAGCGGCCCGAUCCUAAAGAGUUCUCGCCGUCCCGCGCCCUCCUCUACUCCGACCCCAAACACCCCAACCCAUUCCUGCCUCGCAAGAACUUCCGCACCGGCAAGUGGUCGGGGCCCCGGUUUGGAUUGCGCACACAGGCCGAGUUGGUCAAUUUGGCGGUCAAGUAUAAUGUCGAGGCGUUGCUGCCGCCGGGUCGCAAGUCGACUGAGUACAAGGAUACGCGGCGGAAUGAGCGUGGUCUGGCGAUCAAGGGUACAGGUAUCGGUCAGAAGGUUAAGGGUCAUAAGUGGGAGCGCACCAUGGAGGCUCGUUUGGAGGAUAGGCGUAAGGCUAUGAUGGAGAUGCCGGAGAUGAUUCGGUUGUGGAAGCAGAGAGGUCACGGUCGUGGCUGGAAGAGCUGGCCCAAGCGGUGAAGGGCUACGCCGUUGGAUGUAUUUUUUCUUUGGUCUCGAAUGGUUUCGGGGCUUGCAUAAUGUCGCAUCUCUUUUUUUUAUGUCUUGCCGGGCUGGGGAAGCUGGCUCGGUGAGAGUUUCGAUUGAUCAUUGUCGGGGUUCGGCACGGGAGUUUGUUCUCAUAUGUAUUGUACAAAUAGCUUUUUUUCCAAUCACGCACAUGGAAUGCUUGCGUGACAAUGGUACUAUAGAUGUUGAAUGCAGAAUACACAUCACUCAGGUG